CCUCUUCUUUCCCCAUUUCUUCAACAAUUAUUAUAUUGCAACAGUAAAAAGGCGAAGCGCAACUCCCCAUUCUUAUUUAUCGGAUCUCGUAAAAAAGCAAAAAGUACAAACUAAAGUAUCAUGAAUUUUGUGCGCCAAUAUCAUCUUGAACCUCGAACGGAGAAGGAGCGUGAGGCUCUCUAUGGUCGGAUCCGGAAGAUUGCAUACUGGCUCGAUAGUUUUGCAGUCGUCGGAGGGUUCCCUCUCGGAGUGGAGGCCAUCAUUGGCUUUAUUCCUGUUGUUGGCGACUUCUUGGGGUUGGUUGCAUCGUUAUAUCAGGUCUACCUCUGCUUCCUCUUUGGUCUCCCAAUACAGCUCAUGCUACGUAUGUUGCUCAAUGUAAUAAUUGAUUUUGUAGUUGGUCUGAUUCCUUGGGUUGGCGACAUCCUUGACGUCUUUUAUAAAUCCAACCAGUACAACCUGUCUAUCCUAGCAAAUUGGUUACAGGACAAUCGCCUAGUUGAUGUGCAGCGCUACAAUAGAGAACAUCCGCUAGCCAACGGCACAGAGCCAAGAGGACGUACAAACAUGAGAUCAAGGGCUGCUGGUGUUGGCAAUGGAUAUGGGUUCAGUCGAUGAAGUAGUUUCCAU